AAAUGAAAAGAAAAAAAAAAACACAAAACCACCUUCAACAAUUGAGAAAUUUCAGUUUCAACCCAAACUUUUUGAAUUAUUAGAUUCACACCCUUGUUAAAAAUCUAAGAAAAUGUGCGGAGGAGCUAUAAUUGCCGAUUACAUAGCGCCGUCGCGUUCCGGCAGAUCGACAGCCGAUCUGGGGAAAAACGUGAGAGCUGGGAAUUCUUCAUGGAGACGCGAUGAUGUCGUCGACUUGACAUUCGACGAUUUCGAGGGAGAUUUUCAGGAUUUCGAAUCGGAAAACGAUGAAACCGGGAAAUUUUCUCCGGCCAAGCCGUUGGUCUUCUCCUCAACUCGAAAACCUGCAGGCUCAAAUCGAAGCAUAAAUGGAGAAGAUGAGAGGAAGAAAAAGAGUAGUCGAUACAGAGGAAUCAGGAGACGGCCAUGGGGAAGAUGGGCGGCUGAGAUUCGUGACCCAAUCAAAGGAGUUAGAGUCUGGCUCGGGACUUUCAACACUGCAGAAGAUGCUGCAAGAGCUUAUGAUCUUGAGGCUAAGAGAAUCCGAGGAGCCAAAGCCAAGCUCAAUUUCCCAAACGAAGAUUCAGCAUCAUCAUCAUCCUCUAGAAAGCGUAAAGCGUCACCACAACCUGAGGUUAAGCCUGUGCAGCAGAUACAAGAGAAGCACGAGGCUGGUGAUCUUGGAUUGCCUGUGGCUAGCUCGGUGCUUAGUAGUAGCUGGCUUGAUUUUCUCUGGGAGGAGAAUAAUGCGGAGACGCUUCAGGUCGAUACACAAUGGCUCGAAGAUGUUAUCAUGGGCGAUGAUGCGAAGAAGAAACAGAAAGGUUGUGAUGGUGAAGCCAAUGUGAACGCGCAGCUUUCUGAAGAGCUUCUAGCGUUUGAGAACCAGACCGAAUGUUUCUUCCAGAUGCCGUUUAUGGGAGUGAGAAACUGUGGUUCCACAACAUCUCUGAGUAGUCUCUUUGAUGGAUGCAAUGACAAUGAUCUUUGGUCUUGAAAGGACUUGAGUCUUCCGUGUUCCACAUUGUGAAAAUGACAUGAGUUCUUGUUCUGCUUAAGUGUAGCGAGUGUUUUCAAGUGUUGUUCUUACACUCUUGUCAAUAUUAAAUAAAACUAGCCUCUUUUUCUUUGGGUAAAAAAA